AUGACCCCACAGUCACGUGGUAAUGGGUCCCUGCUCUCAGGAUCCCUGCCUCAAGAGCAGCGUACGCCUGUGUAUGUGGAGGAACAACACACAUUUCCAGAUCACUCAAUUAAAUAGAUUCCUGCUGAUUGAAAGGUCUGAGUGGAGAACUUCUUAUCCCUAAGUGACUUCUGGACCAGGAAAAAAUGUGAAAAACUCCUGUGGCCACUGUGCACUGAGGAUCAAUCCAGCUCAAACUUCCGGGCCAGCCUCAAACACUUCCGGGCCCUCCUGGAACCCUGAGACUCGCUUCCCAUCAUGAGGCUGCUCUCCCUUCUGGUUCUCCUUCCGGUUUGCCUUACCCAGGCAGCAUCAGGGUACAGAAGAAACAAUAUCUACCUGGAAUGUGGGAAGAUGGGCGGAGCCUGCAAACACCAAAAAACCCAAGGCUGCUCCAUCCUGCCCGCGGAGUGUAAGAGUCGCCACAAGCACUGCUGCAGACUGUAGCUGCAGCACCCAGACCACGCGGGAGAGGGUUGGCAGGAGCUCAGUUUCCCUGACUCCAUCUUAAUAAAGACAGCCCUGCUGCCCUUGCGCACCCUG